AUGGAUAGCUUGUUUUGGCCAUCAGAAGCUAACAGCUUUCGACGUUUCACACCUGAGUCCUUGGCAGCAAUUGAGGAAAGAAUUGCUAAGAAAAAAAAGCAACAAGCCAAAGUUAGCCGGGAGAAUAAGGGCCAAGGAGUUGAAGAAGAUAAACUUACUCCUCAGCUUGAUCUGAAAACCUGCAAAAAACUGCCAUCUCUGUAUGGGGAUCUUCCUGUGGAGCUCAUUGGGGAACCCCUGGAAGAUUUUGAUCCAUAUUACAGUGAUCACAAGACUUUUAUGGUGAUAAAUAAAAGGAGGAUUAUCUUCCGGUUUACUGCCACGCCUGCCUUGUGUAUAGUUGGUCCUUUUAAUCCAAUCAGAAAAGCAGCAAUUAAAAUUCUGAUCCAUUCAUAUCCUUUUAUUGGUUUCCUUUAUUUCAGUUUUAAAAAAUACUGUACCAUUUUAUGUCAUUCCGUUCGUCUGUUCGUAUUAAUAUACCUUUUUACUGGCAUAUAUACUGCUGAAAUACUGAUAAAAAUAUUAGCAAGAGGAUUUGUUUGGAACGAAUUUACUUUUCUUCGAGAUCCAUGGAACUGCUUGGAUCUUCUUGUUAUUGUCAUAACGUAUGUUACUAUGUGUAAAAGUGCAGGCAAGGUUUCAGCUCUUCGAACUUUCAGAGUACUGAGGACUUUGAAAGCUAUUUCUGUAAUACCAGGUCUGAAAGUCAUCGUAAAUUCACUUAUUGAAUCUGUUAAGAAACUUACUGAUGUGUUGAUCUUGACUGUUUUUUGCUUGAGUAUAUUUGCUCUGAUAGGCCUCCAGCUUUUUAUGGGCAAUUUAACAUCCAAAUGUGUCCUCAGUAAUACUACAUACAAUGACUCAUUAUGUAAAGAUGCCAAGAUAUAUGUACCAAAUGAUCCAGAUAUCUGCUACAGAAUGAAUAAAUCUUCUGAAAUAUUGCUCUGUGGGUUCAGUUCAUAUCCUGAAAAAGAGUGCCCGGAAAACUAUACCUGCAAGAAGGUUGGGAAGAAUCCUGAUUUUGGUUAUACAAGUUUUGAUCAUUUUGGCUGGGCCUUCCUUUCUUUAUUCCGUCUGAUGACACAGGAUUACUGGGAACGUCUCUACAGACAAACCAUCCGUACAUCUGGAAAGAACUACAUUUUAUUUUUUCUGGGGGUCAUCUUUUUAUGCUCAUUUUAUCUCUUCAAUCUGAUCUUGGCUGUAGUAACUAUGGCAUAUGAAGAGCAAAAUAGAGCUACUCUUGCUGAAACAGAGGCAAAAGAAAAAUUACUUCAGGAUGCCAAACAAAUUCUAGAGAAAGAACAG